AUGGAGAACUUUAUUUUAUAUGAAGAGAUUGGAAGAGGGAACAAGACUAUUGUUUAUAAAGGCAGAAGAAAAGGAACUAUUAAUUUUGUGGCCAUAUUGUGUACUGAUAAAUGUAAAAGAGGUGAAAUCACAAACUGGGUACGUCUAACUCAUGAAAUAAGACAUAAGAACAUAGUAACAUUUUAUGAAUGGUAUGAAACAAGCAACCAUCUCUGGUUUGUGGUGGAAUUAUGCACAGGUGGAUCAUUAGAAAUUUUAAUUGCUCAAAGUGAACAUCUACCUGAGAAUAUCAUCAGAGAAUUUGAUAUUGAUUUGGUUACUGGACUGCAUCAUAUACAUGAGCUUGGAAUUAUUUUCUGUGAUCUUACACCUAGAAAGAUUCUCUUGGAAGGAGCAGGCACUUUAAAAUUCAGUAAUUUUUGCUUGGCUAGAGCACAAGGUGAAAAUCUAGAAGAUUUUUUUGCUUUGAUCUGCACAGAAGAGCCAGGAGAUAAUACUUCUGAAAGCACAAAAAAAAAUUUGAAAAGCAAAAUUAGAGGUUCGUUGGUAUGCACUGCACCAGAAGUGAUUAAAGGAGCUGAUUUUUCGGUAGCCAGUAAUCUUUGGUGUUUGGGCUGCCUAUUAUAUGAAAUGUUUUCAGGAAGAUCUCCUUUCAAUUCAGAAAAUAUUGUUGAAUUAACAGAACACAUUUUACAUGAAGAUCCUGCCCCACCUAAACAGAAAGGAAAAUAG